AUGCUGAGGGUAUUUCUCUUACUGGCAGCUUUCAGUGCUGUGUUUGGAGACACCGUUGAUCUUGGAUGUGACCCUGGUUGGUAUCCCUCUGGCGGGUACUGCUACCUCUUCAACACAAACAAGCGCGUGACACACCAGGAGGCAGCGGACGAAUGUAACGACUACCUUGCUACACUAGUUAGGGUAGAAUCUGCUUACGAAAAGGCGUUCCUUGGGGAUACUCUUCCACAAUUUACGUCAGAUGGGUUCUGGACUGAUAUGACCGACCUUCGGUUUGAUGGUACAGCAACAGGCACUGGAGUAUGGGAAUGGGGAGGAUAUGAGAAAGUGAAUAUGUCCACUAUAUCCUGGGAACAUUAUCCUACCAGCAAUUCAAAAGAUUCGUGUGGAGCAAUCAAUAUUCAAGGCUUUUUUCAGAACUGGAAAUGUGAUCAGCGCCUUGGGUAUAUAUGCGAGCUGGACGUUGGUCGUUACACUGGCUGUCCCUUCGGGUGGAUGUUUGGAACAGACACGUGUUACUACUUUAGCAACACCAGUGAUCCAAGUCAGCUAUUGACUUGGACCGAUGCCAAGGCCAUGUGUGCCUCGAAGGUUUCUGGCAAUGCUACGGGCAAACUCGUGACUCUUGAUAGAACAACUGAUGCCGCGUACAUCGUUAACGAGAUGCCAGAGAUAGCCAACUCCACCAUGAUGUACUGGACAGGUCUAGUUAAAAAAGCGACAUCCUGGGCGUGGGACAGCGGAGAUCCGUUCAGCAAUGGAUUUUUUACCUGGGCCAAAGAACCUGACCAUAUCAAUAAUGACGAACACUGUGCCGUCCUGAAAACAGAUGGAAAAUUUAGCGACCAGAACUGCAACAAACUGAUGAACUUCGCUUGUCGUUUGGGCACCACUACACAGAACACAGACUACUACAUGGGGUGUAAUGGAUGGACACGUGCCGGUCACAAGUGCUAUAUGAUUUAUGAUGGACCUAAAAGCACCUGGGCUGAUGCAAACAAGAUAUGUACAACUCUCAAAGGAAGGUUAUUGAAAGUUGAAUCUCUAGACGAAAGGGACUGGGUUGAAUGGCAGUUGACAGAUGAGUCUCAUCCAAACGUCUACUGGUCCGGUCUCAAUGACCAAGCCACCGAAGGCACCUACCGCUGGGCUGAUGGCACCUUAGCCAAUAGUUCGCUUAUUCGCUGGAACCAGGAGCCAAACUCGUGGUUUGGAGACGAAGAUUGUGCAGGCAUUCGUCAAGAUGGCAACUAUAAUGACAGAGAUUGUUUCCUGCAGGCACCCGCCAUUUGUGAAUAUAAUGAUAAUCAAUGUCCACAAGGAUGGAUAGCCUGGACAUCAACCACCACUGUGUGUUAUUAUAUUACUGCCGCAAACCAAACGUUCACGUGGGACGAGGCCAAUACUUUUUGUAAAAACUUGGCCCAGCCGAAUAAGAUGGAGCCGACACUACUAGCUGUAAAUAGCCAAGCAGAAAUGACCUUCAUCAACAACGCUUUGGCAAAUCAACCCCUAAAUCCUAAGUCGUGGUGGACGGGUUUAAACGACAUCAAAUACGAGGGAAUCUGGAGCUAUCCAACUCCAUCAAACAAUCCAGCAAAUAUGGCUGUCGUGCCAUGGAAUUCUGAGCCCAACGACAAACUCGGGAAUAAAGACUGCGUAAUGUUGGCUUGGGCUGGACGUUACAUAGACAUCAAAUGCAAAGCCAAAAUAGGAUUUAUCUGUGAAAAAUUGCCCAUUGGCAUGAAUCCAAACAAAGCAAGCACAAGAUCUCUAUCCUAUUCUGUGAUAGCACUAGCGGUGUCCGUAAUAUUUAUUCUUCAAUGA